AUGGACCAGAUGGAUGUGGACAGCCCCAGAGGCACCAAGCGGAAAGCUGAUGACGUUCCGGAUGCACCUCAACCUCCUCGGAGAAUUAGGGCUUUAGAUGCUGACGUGGUCAACAAAAUCGCGGCCGGCGAAAUCAUUGUGGCGCCAGUGCAUGCUCUCAAGGAGCUGGUGGAAAAUGCCGUGGAUGCUGGUGCGACGGCACUGGAAAUUCUCGUCAAAGACGGCGGACUGAAGCUGCUUCAAAUCACAGACAACGGAUGUGGCAUCGAGAAAGAAGACUUGUCCAUUCUGUGUGAGCGCCACACCACGUCCAAAAUCACCGCUUUCGAAGACUUGGAUUCGAUACAAACAUACGGCUUCCGAGGCGAGGCCCUCGCUAGCAUAAGCCACAUUGCGCAUCUGUCCGUCACCACCAAAACCAAGGAUUCGCCCCUGGCCUGGCGCGCCCAUUACCUGGAUGGCAAAAUCGUUGCCCCCAAACCCGGCCAACCUGCCGAGCCCAAGGCUAUUGCGGCCCGCCCGGGAACGCAAAUCACGGUGGAGGACUUGUUCUUCAACAUCCCCACGCGCCGAAAGGCGUUCCGGUCCCACGCCGACGAGUUCAACAAGAUUAUCGACAUGGUUGGACGCUAUUCCGUCCACUGCAAAGGCGUGGGCUUUACCUGCAAAAAGGCUGGGGAGGCGUCCAACAGCUUGUCGGUCCAGAGCCAGGCCACCACCGUGGACAGGAUACGCCAAAUCUACGGCAGCAGCGUCACCGACGAGCUGCUCGACUUUGCGGCGUCCGAUGGCCGUUGGGGCUUCAAGGCGCACGUUUUGGCCACCAACGCAAACUACAACAUCAAGAAAACCGUCCUCUUGCUCUUCAUCAACAACCGCAGCGUCGAGUCUACCAAUGUGAAGAAGGCUCUGGAGCAAAGCUAUGCCAACUUUUUGCCCAAGGGAGGCCGGCCCUUUGUCUACCUAAGCCUGGAAAUCGAUCCGGCCCGGGUUGACGUAAACGUACAUCCGACGAAGCGAGAGGUUCACUUCUUGAAUCAAGACGAGAUCCUCCAGGCUAUCUGCGCAGAGCUAGAGUCGCAACUCGCAAAUAUCGACCAAAGCCGUACAUUCAUGACCCAGACCCUGCUGCCGGGAGCCAAGCCAGUGUCUGAAGAUGUCAUGGACGAAGACGACGCCCCUCCAACGGUCAAGAGUAGCGGCAAGAAGAGGCGAAACUCCAACGACCUGGUACGAACGGAUACAAACGUCCGCAAGAUCACCACGAUGCUUCAGUACUCGGACGGUGGUCAAGGUUCGAAGGACAAGGGAGUCGACGCCGACGCAGACCCCGACGCCGACGAACCGCUGUCGGUGCCAGAGACGAUUGAAUACGAGCUCAAUGAUAGGGACAUGGUCUCGUAUCAACUAAAAAGCCUCAAGGAACUGCGCAAGGCGGUUCGAGAAGACACGCAUCAUGAAUUGACGGAAAUAUUCUCCACGCAUACGUUUGUUGGGAUAGUAGACGAUACUCGACGGCUCGCGGCGAUACAGGGCGGCGUCAAGCUGUACCUGAUAGACUACGGCCACGUGUGCUUUGAAUAUUUCUACCAGCUGGGACUGACUAAUUUUGGUAACUUUGGCGUCAUCCAAUUCAGCCCUGCAUUGGACAUGAAGGAACUGCUGCGUGUUGCCGCAGAGGAGGAGAAGAAGGCGCUGGGUGUUUCGACCGAGGACGAGUUCCCGCUAGAAGCGAUUGUCGAUAGAGUUGUCAAUCAGCUUGUCGAGAGACGGGAAAUGCUGCACGAGUAUUUCUCGCUAGAGAUAUCUCCGACAGGAGAGCUGCUGUCAAUCCCGCUCAUGGUGCAGGGAUACACGCCCCCUAUAUCGAAGCUUCCCAUGUUCCUGCUGCGUCUGGGCCCCAACGUGACGUGGGACGAGGAGAUGGCCUGCUUCGAUACCUUUCUACGGGAGCUGGCGACGUUUUACGUUCCCGAGCAGUUGCCCACGCCGCCUGCGCCGGGGAAUCACGGAAACGCGGGGGGGGCUGACGUUUCAAAGGAGGUGAAGAAGAGGAGACAGCAUGUCAGAUGGGCCGUCGAGCACAUCUUCUUUCCUGCCUUCAAGGCAAAGCUGACGGCGACCAAGGGGCUUGCCGACGGGGCCAUUUUGGAGGUGGCGAAUCUCAAGGGACUGUAUCGUGUGUUUGAACGGUGUUAG